GCUGCAGAUUCCGGCUGUGAAUGUGUGUUUGCGUUCCGUCGGACCUGUUUUGUCCCCGCUGGGCUCCUUUACCAAACACUCUGACAGCCAGCGCAAAUCUCGGGCCUUAUUUUCUCGGCUCGUUUUUUUUUUUUUUUUUUACACAUCUGCGACAUGAUCAGCCGUUAAAUGUGCGAUCGGCUGUUAGUAGCAGUCGGUGUGUGUGUGUUUCCACUGAGUGCCGUCAAAGCAGCCUGUAGGAUAAGCAGCAGAAAUAGUGCGUCAAGGCUGAAGUCGGUGCGUUCACGGUCUAAAUACGUAGCGUCUAAAUUUAGCCCAGAGCAACGUGGGAAUGUAACGAGGCUUAUAUGUCACCCGCACACUUUCUGCACUUCUAAUUAAAGCUAACGUGUGUUCGGUGUGAAACGGUGUUGUGACAGGACUCGGCUGUUUGUCGCAGGUGGUUUGCGUAAAGGAGGAACCUGACUUAUUGUUCGCUCUGUCUCCUCUUCAUCAUGAGCUCAGGUUUGAUUUUGAGGUGAUCAGAGGCUGCAGCAGGAUCCGCUGCACCAGUUGACAACUAAUCCACUCAAUCUGAGAGUCCACUUGGCUUCGGGGUAUUUGUUUCUGUUUAUCCGUCUUUUGGGAUUGAAGAUUUGAUCAAGAUUAUGUGUUGAGAUUUUAGUGGCUGAUUUUAGUAAAAGCCAUCUGUUUUCUGUUCCGGUUUGUUGUUUUGUGACUGGACAGACACGGUCAGUGCAUGAAACAAGGGCUCGACCUUUAUUAAAUCAGCUGGUGAGGGUCACUGGGGUUUUUCUUGUGCUUUAAUAGUAAAUAUUUGCAAAGUACCUGAAGUAUGAUUAGGAAACGCUGGCUGCCAGAGUGCACUCCGCUGCCAGGACACAAGACUAAAGUACACACUAAUCCAGCAAUAAGUCAAUCCUGCAUGAAGGUUUUAGCUGUUUAUAGUAGUAGUAUUAUAGUAAUAUAAUAGUUAUUCUUGAAUAUCCUCAAGGGGAUGAAUAAAGUAUCUGUAUUCUAUCUAUUUAUUGUAGAGCUGCAACAAUAAAUCUGUUACUUGUCAACUAGUAAAUUACUUGCCAACUAUUUUGAUAAUCAAUUAAUUGGUUUGAGUCAUUUUUUUGUUUAAAAAGUCUAUAUGAUAAGAUUUUAGCGUCUUAAAUUUGAGUAUUCUGUGGUUUCUUUACUGCAACAGUAAAUGGAAAAUGUGCAAUAACAGAUUAAUCAACUGUGAAAUUAUUGCAGCCAUAUUUGCAGUUUCUGCUAUCUUAUUGAUGUAAAUGAAGUGUAAAGAAUAAUAGAAACCCGUGUCAGGACUAAGUCUGCAGCUGUAUCUGGAUCAAAAACUCUACAUUCUAACCUUCAUGGAGGGAGACUGUUGCAUUGGCGUCCCUAAUAAACUGUCAAACGUGAGUGUAUUCUGGUGACUCAGUGUUUGAACAGCCACUUCUCAUGCUGCAGGUUUCAGUGUGAGAAGCUCAACCCUCUGAAGCCAGUUGCUUCCCGCCCGUUGCCUAAAAACCUGCCCCACCCCUUCGUGUUUCACUGGGUUUCGUAAUCGGCAGCUUACUCAAGGCAGUCGCCGUGGGAGAAGCUGUCCUGCUGCUCUGUCCCGUCACUACCAGACAUUCCUGUCGGUUGUUUCCUGACCCGAGCAGAAGAGACGAGUCAUUGAUUGCGGCGUCCGUCAACAGCCGGCCAGCAUGCAGGAAGAGUUCGUCCAGCUCUCGGCCAACGGCAGAACCACGUCUAAACAAAGAAGAAUGACCAUGGAUUUUUCCCAGCUGCACACAUACACGCCGCCACAGUGUGCUCCGGACAACACCGGCUAUACGUACUCUCUCAGCUCCAGCUACUCCACAGCAGCAUUAGACUUUGAGAAGGAGCACCAGAUCGCUCCCGUCUACGAGUCGCCCAGGAUGUCACGACGGAGCCUCCGUCUGCAGACCAGCGCCGGUCUCCAUGGCAACGAGAGCUCGGCCGAUCACUCCCAGAACCACAGCAGCAGCUACACCAGCACCAGGAGGGAGACACGGAAGCAGAGCAGCAGAAAGCAACAGUCCAGCUCUCUGUCGUUAUCCCUGAGCCAAGCCGCCACGCCGAGGAAAACCCUCUCCUUCUCCGCUGUUAGCACCCCGAUCACCAACAGCAGCAGCUUCCAGGAGAGCAGCACGGCGUCUGAAGCCUCUCAGCUCACCUCCGGCCUGGACCAGUCCCAGCUGAGGCAUCGCAGCACCACCACCAAUACCACCACCACCACCACGUCUGUGGAUGGACACUGGGGCCACAGCUCCAGCUUCAGUUCGUCGGGUGUCAACGGCGACGCCAGCGUGUCAAAGUCCCACAGCUCACGUGGAAAUGGUUACAUCUGCAAAGACUGCUCAUUACACUCUCAGAGGACAGACUCCCUCAUCACGCAGUCUUCAUCGUCGUUGUUAUCAUCAUCAUCAUCAUCAUCUCAAGCUGCAGAAGCCUCCACCGAUGGCCUCUCCUCCUCAUCUUCACCUUUCACCAGUAUAUACACCAGAGACAGGAGUCGGAGGAGCAAGACAGGUGUCCUGGUGUCAAUAUCUAACACGUGUUUGCGCUACAGCAGACAGGCCCUGGGCCCCGUAGUGUCCUUAGUCAGCCUGCUCUUCAACAGUGUGGUCUGGUUGGGUUCAAGGGCCAAGAACCCUCCAGGAAAAGGUAUCCUCACAUCAUUUAUGGACUCAGUGAGACAAGCGGCCUCUUCGAGUUUGUCCCAACUGAGGCUGUUAAAGCAGAACACUCUCCACAGGAUGAUGGGCUACAGAGCUAAUGGCUAUGAAGGACAAGCUCACUCGAGUUUCUGUGGAAGCAUGAAUGUGAAGGAUCUGGUGACUGAAGAUGCAUCACAUCUUAAUCUCAAUGGUUCCCUGUGUGAUGACUGUAAAGGGAAGCAGUACUCUGAGACACACACCGUCCUCCUCACACAGGCCUCCAGGUCUCAGCGCCUGGUGGGGGCGCUGUGGAGCGCCCUAGUUUACACAGGUUACUGCCUCCUCCAGCCGGGUUACUGUGUGGUCAGAGCUGGGAAGGCAUUGGGAUCAGGGGUCGGGACGUCUGCACAGAGGCUGCUCUCACUGCUCUGGAUGCUCCUGGCAGCUCCAGUGAAGGCUGGCCGGGGUCUUCUGUGGUUUCUGGCAUCAGGAUGGUAUCAGCUGGUGUCACUCAUGUCGCUCCUCAAUGUCUUCUUUCUGACACGAUGCCUUCCAAGACUCUGGAAGCUCCUGUGGCUCCUUCUGCCCCUUUUGCUCCUCCUUGCUCUAUGGCUCUGGGGUCCGUCCACUGCCGCCCUGCUCGCCUACCUGCCAGCCGUGAACCUGACCGAGUGGCGUCCAGCGUCUCCUUUGACCUUCUUGUCCAACAUGGUGCCGGUUCCUGCUCCUGUCCCUGCAGCAGAGACUCCGGUGGAGGCGACACCAGCCAGCCCUGCGUCACAGGCACCGCCCACGCUUCCUCCAUUGGUCGUCUCUGGCGUGGACUUGGAGCGUCUUGAACGCGUCGAGCGCCAGCUAGCCCUGCUGUGGGAGCAGGUCCGGCAGGGUGACGAGAAGCAGGAGCAGCGUCACGGAGACAUUUUGGGCCUCUACAGCACCCUGAGGGAUCAGCUGCACAGCCAGACCAACAGGGAGAGUCUGGGGUUGUGGGUGUCGUCGCUGCUGGAGCAGAGACUCGGUGUCCUGCGAGGAGAGCUGCAGGAGGAGAACAUGCACCAAGAACAGAGUGCAGAGCAGCAGAAACAACACCAAGAGAGUCAGGCAGCACGACUGGCUGGUUUAGAAGCGCUGCUCAACGCUCUGGCUACCAAGACGGAGGAGUUGCAGCAGAAGCAGCAGCAGUAUGAACAUGAGAAGGAGAAGAGGGAGAAGGAGGAUGUGACUCCACCAGCUGAUACUGCUCCUGUCAGUGUGGGUGUGCAGCAGGAGGACCACGACGCUCUGCUAGCCGAGGUGCACAGACUUGAGGUUGAGCUGAGUAGAAUCAGACAGGACCUGCAGGGCGUUAUGGGAUGUAAGGGCAAGUGUGAGCAGCUGGACACGCUGCAGGACACAAUAUCAGCCGAGGUGUCCUCCCAGCUGCGUAAAGAGUUGCAGACUCUGUUCUUCGGCAGCGGUGGAUCUGCAGACGAGCAGGAGCUGCCCGAGUCCCUGGUCCUCUGGCUGUCCCAACGUUACGUCAGCACACCGGACCUGAAGGCGUCGCUGGCCUCUCUGGAGCACAGCAUCCUGAGAAACAUCUCCCUGCAGCUGGAGCUUAGCCGGGCCCAGACGCUGGGUGAAGCCGAGUCCCAAACCCAGACCAUUGUGAAGACGAUAACUGGGACCGUCCAGCACACGUCUGCUGCCGAGGGACUGACGGAGGAGCACGUGAAGCUGAUCGUCCAGAAUGCUCUGAAGCUCUACUCACAGGAUCGAACCGGCCUGGUGGACUACGCCCUGGAGUCUGGAGGUGGCAGUAUCCUCAGCACCCGCUGCUCUGAGACGUAUGAGACCAAGACGGCCCUGAUGAGUCUGUUCGGACUCCCGCUCUGGUAUUUCUCCCAGUCUCCUCGUGUCGUCAUCCAGCCUGACGUGUAUCCGGGGAACUGCUGGGCCUUUAAAGGCUCUCAGGGCUACCUGGUGAUCCGGCUGUCGCUGAGGAUCCUGCCAACAUCCUUCUGUGUGGAGCACAUCCCCAAGACCUUGUCCCCGACCGGAAACAUCACCAGCGCCCCACGCGACUUCACCGUCUAUGGUCUGGAUGAUGAGUACCAGGAGGAAGGAAAGCUGCUGGGACACUACACGUACCAGGAGGACGGGGAGUCGCUGCAAACCUUCCCGGUUCAGGAGCAGAACGACAAGGUUUUCCAGAUCAUCGAGGUGCGAGUGCUGUCUAACUGGGGUCACCCGGAGUAUACCUGCAUGUACCGCUUCAGAGUCCACGGAGAGCCUCGUCCUCAGUGACCCGCCGACAACACAACGCCCGCAUACGACAUAUCACCCUCUGUACAUAGCGCCCAUCAACUCCUAUAAACCGGACGGGACUCGGCAGGACUUUUUGUAUGAAAGACAUGAAGACGCAGAAGUUGUGGAUUGUUAAAGGAACGUGCUCAGACUGAACCAUGAACUUGUGUUUUUGUAUCAUUGAAAGAAUCAGAGGAAAGUGUGUAUCAGGACUGUCAAGGAAGAAGCUGGAAGUCCCGUUCCCCCGUUCAUUAAAGGCCUCUUGCACUGAAUCAGCCCAGGAGGGCGCCAGGUUCCUCCUGAGCGGACUCAUCAUCCCCCUACUGGCACCUUCCACUCUGCAGGAAGGUGGACACUUGACAUGGGGUCUGCAGACUCAUCUCCACCACUUCUUCAUACACUGUAUCUCAGUCUGGUUAGUUUUCCUUGGUAAUCAUCUGUAUUUAACAUUUUUUUUUAACCUUUUCCAAAUAGAGCGUACUAUUUUCAGGAUCGAAACCACUGCACCUUUGCCUGAGACGCUGUCCAGGCAUGUUGAGCCUCUUCAAUGACUUCAGCUGAACUGUUUGAGCCGUCUGCAGGUCAGCACUCACCGCGGGUGACAGUGGACAUGUUGAUUCACUACAUUCUAGGCUUGGCUUUAUGCUUUCCCAUAGCCAUAACUAAGACUUUUUGUUGUUUUUUUUUUUUUUUUUUUUUAAAUUUGAGUCAUUUUGGAACUGAACACGCUGCCUAUGGACGAGCUCUGAAUGUUUUCUCAAGUGGAGGCUUGAUGCAAGUUUCCUUUAACUACACAGAAACACUAUAAAACCACUGACCUGAUCAAGUAUUAGGACUCUUCACUCUGUACAUUAGACGAGAUACGUGUCUGAUUAUGUUUCUCCAGGAUUAAUGCUAGCAUGCCACUCUCCCUGAACCAUACUCUAAACCUUCACAUGCACCGUGGAUUUAGGAGAGCGUGUGAAAGCUGAAUAUUAUAACUACUCCUUAGACAAGAGUGUGCUUUUUUUUGUUCUGUUUCUAUCAAGACAAGAUUCUGUGUCCCUUUAGCUCAGUUAAACGUCCUCCUCACACAGACUCCCACUAUUCUGAAACCCCGAAGGAAUGUAAUCUGUAUAUUUCACUGUUGAUAGUUGGUCCUUUAAUAUCUACUUUUAUCAGUGUUGCUUUUUAAAGAAUCACCCUGUUAUUAUUAUUAUUAUUAUUGUAUUACUAUUAUUUCUACUUUUACUUGUUGUGUUUUGCUUUUUUCUGGUUUUGUUUUUGGGGGUUUUUUUGUUGGUAAUAUCAGAGGAUGCACUGCAGCAACUUGUUAGACAAAAGUUUGUGACACGGGUCGUCAUGAUUUGUUUGAAAACGGGGAUGUCAAUUUUGGUUGCAAAUAUGGAUAAGUCUAAAACGUUAUGUGUAAAAAUGUUUUGUUCACAAUCUUAUUUAUUAACAAGUCGAUUAGUGAGUUGCGGCAAAUGUAUAUUUUGUCAUAAGCUGUUCAGUGCAUUUUGGAACCAUCUUGGGACUUUUUUUUAAGAUAAAUGGCUAUUUUUGUUCAGUCAUGAGAUGACUUAACUGCUUUGGAAUAUAUUCCAAUAAAGACUUUAAUUUUGAUGAAA